GGAACCAACUAGGUGUGGCACAGCCUUGUUUUGUUUACCAUCGUCCCUUGGAUUGCAAGCCUCGCUGCCAGCUAAACCGAGCAAUUCAAAGCACUGCUUUUUUUUACUUACACCAAAAGAUGAAACCUGCGGUGGAUGAAAUGUUUCCUGAAGGAGCUGGACCCUACGUGGAUCUUGACGAGGCAGGGGGCAGCAGCGGCCUGCUGAUGGACCUAGCAGCCAAUGAGAAAGCUGUUCACUCAGAUUUCUUUAAUGACUUUGAGGAUCUGUUCGACGACGACGACCUGCAGUGAUCACAGCGUCCGAUCAUCUUUGGGAUUCUGAUGAAGUGUAGAUAACAGAAAUGUAUUUGUACAACAUCUUUCAUAUUAACGAUCCAGUAUGCUAUUAAAAUAAAGUCUUUAUGUUUCUCAGUGUGAA